AUAGCUUCUUUUCCAAAAUUGUCAAAAUUUCAUUGAAAGGAGAUUAAAUUUUAUAUAUAUUUUUUUAUAAAAAUUCUUUGAAAUCAAUAAAAGUUUGCAUAAACAUUAUUUUGGUCUACUCUUUCGAGUGCAAAUUCAAAUCAUCAGAGUACCAUCUUCAGAUGCAAUUAGACAAAAUUUCAACAUUAUAAAAAUCCAACAAUUAUGUCAAAAUUUUCGACAACCUCCAAUCGCCAACUGAAUACGCGCAGCUCCGACAUCGAUGCCCUGGCACAGCGUGGCUACAAUAUCGGACACAAAAUUGGCGAGGGUUCCUAUGCGACCGUCAUCACCGCUGGCUAUGCAGACGAUGCGGGUCAUGGUGUACACUUGGCCUGCAAGAUAAUUGACAAGGCCAAGGCACCCUCGGAUUUCGUACACAAAUUCUUUCCACGUGAAUUGGAAAUUCUAACAAAAAUCGAUCAUCCAAACAUCAUACAGAUACACAGUAUACUACAGCGUGGACCGAAGAUAUUCAUAUUCAUGCGUUAUGCGGAGAAUGGUGAUCUAUUGAGUCAUAUCAAGAAAUCGGGACCGGUUGAGGAGUUGCAAGCGAAAGCCUGGUUCAUGCAGAUGGCAAAGGCGCUCAAGUAUCUGCAUUCGCACGAUAUCGCCCAUCGCGAUCUGAAGUGCGAGAACAUAUUGCUUUCGAAACGUCUCAAUAUCAAAUUGGCUGAUUUCGGCUUUGCACGCUAUUGCUGCGACGAUAGUGGACGUGAAAUUAAAUCGGAAACCUAUUGCGGUUCGGCGGCCUAUGCGGCACCUGAAGUCGUGUGCGGUCGGCCAUACGAUCCGAAAUUGGCCGACGCUUGGUCACUUGGCGUUAUACUAUUCAUAAUGUUGAAUGCGAAAAUGCCGUUCGACGAUAGCAACCUAAGCAAGUUGCUGGACGAUCAGCGCAAUAAGAAGUUCGCAUUUCGACGGAAAUUGCAGGAUCACAUUUCGGCACAGGCCAAGGCCACCGUGGCGGUACUGCUGGAGCCGGAACCGCAUGCGCGUUGGAAUUUACGUGAAAUAUUGAAUUGCAGCUGGUUGCGUGCCGACGAGGAGGAACCGUUGGCUUAGUCUAAGACGAGUACGUGCCUCAUCCAACAUGCAACAUUUUGAGCAGCAUGUCUGAUUGGUUUUGGACCUAAUGCCGUUGAAUUUUUGUAUGGGAAAAAAAGUAAUUUCUAAUAUCUAUAUAUAUUUUUUUGAUUUGCGCAUGUAAAAUGUUGGUCAUUCGUGAAAUUGCCCUCUAAACACACUGCAAAGCCUGUAUAUACACAACUUUUGGUACUAAAAUUAUUAUAUAUAUAUACACGCAUGUAUAUAUAAUGCGCAUUUGUAUAUUAUAUAUGUUUAUAUAUAAUAUAUCUAUGCUUUAUUUUGUUCGGUUUUUAAAUUCCCCAAACUUCCACCACCGCCGCCUCAACUAAUUGAUUUGAUUUCAAACAAUUGCAUUCGAAUGUCAUUACUAUUUUUCUUUCUUUUUAAAAAACACAAUAUUUAAUUUUGUUUUUAUUUUUUGAAUUGGUCACAAUUAGAUUUGUCUGGUCGUGGACCAAGGCAAAUAUCGAAUUAAGGCCAAUUUGUCGUACAUAUGCAGGAGUAUGGCGUCUUUGCCGGCGUCGUCUCCAACCUAUAAAAAAGCUAAAAAAUUUGCUGAUGUGCUUUAGAGCAAUAGUAUUUCUAAAUACUUACUCUUAGUUAUAUGUGUCACAAAAUAUCUUAAGUUAGUAAAAAAAAAAAUUAUUAAUUAUAAUAAAUUGUAAUUGUAAAUUUUCAAAAAAGUGCUUGUCCGUUUGUCUGUCACUACGAAAACAAAAGUGUGUGUUUUGAAAUUUUAUUUCCAUAUUUUGAAGGCGAAUAUUCUGAUGUUUUUUUGAGGAUUUGUAUGAUCUGCUAGUCGUUGCUAUUUGUUUUUGCUACUCAGCUGCUGUAGAAAAUGUGGAACAUGUUCAGGUUUUAUGGAACCAUUCGAAUGUGUUCAAUUUGUUCGAUUGAAAAUCUCCUCCAUCUUUAAACGAAUUAUUGCUGUAAGAUCAGAAUGGCCACAGUUCACAUCUUACGGAUGGCUAAGUAUAUUUACUAUAUCUUUUCAAUCGCCUCCAUUCUGGUUUCUGGCAGUCGCUUGCAGUUGUUACAAUUGUAGAAAUAAAUUGUUUCCAGUCGGGUCGAGUCUAUGAGUCGAAACAAUAACUCUCGAAAUAAAAUCUCGAAAAAGGCAAAAAUACAAAGCUUUGAGUUGACUGGAGGGUAACUAAAUAUUUAAAAAGAAUAGGAAAGAAUUUGUUUGUUAAAUAAAACAAGAAAACAAUCUAAAACCAAACGGUUCUUUGACCUUUACGCUCAAUACAAUCUGUUCCCCGUUUGCGCAUGUACAUAGAAAUAUUAUUGGAAGUUUUUAUAAAUAUUGAUCUAUAGUAAAAAAGCUGACUAUAACACACG